AUGUUUAGGCUUGCUCAAUUCUCUUCAGUUCAAACAUCUUCAGCUACUACUACCACCAAUUCAUCAUCAUCAAGUAGUAGUGGUAGUGGUAAUACAACAAAUGUAUUGGAUCAUACUUUUGAUAAUAUAUUUCUAAACAUUUUGAGUACCGAUUCAUCUUUUCUACCUCCAUCACAACAACAUGAAGACUCCAACAAUCAUUCAAUUCCUUCCUAUAAUAAAAAUUCCAAUUCCAAUUCCAAUUCCAAUCAACAACAACAACAACAACAUUCAUCACUAAUAGAAAUUGGUAAAUAUGCAGUGUGGAGUGUAUCAACAGCAAAACAAGGAAAUGGAGUUGAAGAAUUGAGAGAUGAUAAUUUAGAAACCUAUUGGCAAUCAGAUGGACCACAACCACAUACAAUUAAUAUACAAUUUCAUAAAGUAUUAACCAUACAAGAAGUAGCAAUAUAUUUGGAUUAUAAAAAAGAUGAAUCCUAUACACCACAAGUUAUUAGUAUUAAAUGUGGAAGUAAUUUUCAUGAUUUGAUACAAAUUAAAACUAUUGAAUUAGAAGAACCAGUUGGUUAUGUAAAUAUUAACAUGUUAAAUAGUUCAGAAAAAGAUUUAUUGGAACAUUGUAGAUGUAACAUGUUACAAAUUGUAAUUUCACAAAAUCAUCAAAAUGGUAGAGAUACUCAUGUGAGACAAGUUAAAGUUUAUGGUCCAGUUGAACAUUUAGAUCAUUCUUCAAAUAUUAAUCCAAUAGAUUUAUCUUUAAAUAAUUCAAAUGCUUCAAAUCAAUUUGAUACUUUACAAUUUUCAAUGUUUAGUACAUUAAGAUAA